AUGAAUUUGUUUGCUUUGGAUUUUGUAUUGCUCUUUCUAUGGCAGUUGUGCUAUAGUCCUGCCCUGCUGCAUCAGUGCCAAGGUGUUGGGUGGCUCUUCCACCUGUGAGCAGCUCUCAGCAGGGAGAGCAGAUAGUUUUUGAGCUUAACUGAACAGCAACAACUCCACAAACCAGAGAUGGCAGAGUUAAUUUUAAAGUCUUUUUCUUUGCUUUUUUUGUCAUCGUGUAUCUUGAUUAUUUUGAAUUUAUUAGACAAUAGGAUAAAAAGCAUCAGCUGGUCAACCUUCAUAGAAAUAGAUGACAGUGAAUCGGAAGACUUUGUGCUUGAGAGGUACAGGGCAUACUGGAAAAGAAAAUUAAAAUCAGGACCACCACAUCCUGACUUUAGCAGAAGACUUGAAGCAAAAAUAGCAGAUUCAGCAAAAAACAACACAACACAACGCAUUGUAGCUGAGACCCCCAUGGCUCUCCUCUACAAAAAAGACUUCAAGAAGCUUCCUCAGUGGGAUUUUGAAGAUGUUUACAGCAAAGAUACUCAACAUAGACGACCAACAUGUGCUCAGUCUCUACGAAACUCUCAGGAUGAGAAAUUCAAGAAGGCUUUUCUUCCUAACAUACGUUUGUUUCUGCACAAAGACAACAUUAACAUGAGCGAGUGGAAUCGGCUUUCACAUUUCAACAGUCCUUUUGGGUUUAUGAACUACAAAUAUGCAGAUGUGAUGGAUUCAGUGAAGCUGAUUCCAAAGCCAAAAGAGCCACUGCUUCUCCCAAAACCAGGUGGUGAUGGCUGUGUGCGCUGUGCUGUGGUAGGUACUGGAGGAAUCCUGAACGGCUCAAAGAAGGGGGUGGAGAUCGAUGGCCAUGAUUACGUUUUUCGGAUGAAUGGUGCCAUCACUAAGGGUUAUGAGGAAGAUGUAGGAAACAAAACAUCGGUUUACGUUCACACAGCCCACUCCAUCACGACAUCACUUUACUUGCUCAAGAAGUACGGGUACAAAUCUGCCCCUCAUGACGAGGGUAUAAAAUAUGUGUUGAUUCCAGAGGGGAUGAGGGAUUUCCAGUGGCUAAAGGCUCUUCUGAGAGGAGAAAAGGUCUCUGCUGGCCCAUACCGCAAUAAACUACCAAGGACCUACUAUUCAGGGCAAUACAAUGAAAGUCGUUUCUACGUUCUGCACCAGGACUUCCUCCGAUAUGUGCGGAACAGGUUCUUACUGUCACCUAAUCUGAAUAAAACAUACUGGUCUUUAGUCAGACCAACCAACGGGGCAUUCACUGUCUUCUUGGCUCUGCACACCUGUGACAUAGUGGAUGCAUAUGGAUUCAUGACUGACGACUACGUCAAAUAUCCUAACUACUAUGUUGAGAAAAACAUGAGCAAAGUCAUUUUCUACGCCAACCAUGACUACAUUUUGGAGAAGAAUACAUGGAAAGACCUUCAUAACAGG